AUGGCCAAGUCGAGACAAGAAACAAUGCGCCUCUGGAUGACUGGUGCUGGCCUCUUGAUGGUUGCAAUGAGCGUGAUUAGCGCUGUCCAGGAGCUUCAAUUUCCUAACAAAGUGUCGUCGUAUCAGAAUUUUCUCAAUCAGGAAAUGACAAAGUGUGGCAGGGAUAUGGUUACGCUGCCUCACCUUUCUCUUGGCACGGGAAACGAUGUCGAACAGGUUACAAAGGAUGACACGUCCUCGAUGACGUUGAAUAUCGCGUCAGCAUCGUCACCCAGUGCUAUUCAUUGUCCUUCGACAUUUUCAGAGAAAAUUAGCCGACGAGGAAGUGAGGAUAGUAUUGGAGCGCUGGAAUCUGCUUGUAAUACGACUAUUGUAGAGACUUCUGCUCUGUGGAAUAAUGCCACUGAAGUAAGCAACAAGCUGGACGUGCUCCACUGCGGCACAGUGAUUGAUAUUCAGGGAUCGCUAGGAUUUAUCAUUCCACAUGACUUGCGUGUGGAGGCUAGUGCUUCAGGCAGCGCUACGCGUAGCAGCGCAAUGACAGCAUUUGACCGACACGAAAAGCAGCAGAAGAUGCCGCUGGUGAUCCCGUUUAACCUUAAUGAAGAGCAGACAGCUGCGCGUCAGGCGAUUGCAGUAGGCAAGACUGUCGAAUUUGCGUACUCCCACGCAGCUUCUAGUAGCGAUUCUCCAGCGACGAUGUGUGCUCUAAACGUUACACCAGUGCCCACGGACAAUAGUAUUGCUAAGAGCCGCUCUGCAUUACAGUCUUGUAAGCAGGCGCGCGAGGUAUCAUUUGCACGAGCCAUGGAAGAGCUUACGAUGAUUUCGCCACGUAACGUGCCAGUGAAGCACCACGUCGAUCUGAUCAAGUACGCAGAAAAGCUCGACGACCACGACAGUCCUUUUGACUAG